AUGCCUGCCGUCAAACAACAUGAGCUUGUCGACCGCGACACCACUGCCGAGAUCAUAGACAUCCGCAGUGAUGCCGUGGAAAUCGACCUCAAAAAUGAGGUCAAAGCCAUGAUUAGUCCCAAGGAAGGACCCCGCAUGCUCCCUACCUUGCUCCUGUAUGACGAAAAGGGACUCCAGCUCUUUGAGGAUAUUACCUACCUCGACGAGUACUACUUGACAAACUAUGAGAUCGACGUACUGAAGACCUCUGCCACCGACAUGGCAAGCAACGUCCCAACAGGUGCCAUUGUGGUCGAGCUGGGUAGUGGAAACCUGCGAAAGAUCCGGCUCCUUCUGCAAGCGUUUGAGGACGCCGGCAAGGUCAUUGACUACUAUGCGCUCGACCUUGACCACCGAGAGCUGGAGCGCACCCUGUCCCAGCUCCCUGCUUUCCAGAACGUCACAUGCCGCGGCCUCCACGGGACGUACGAUGACGGGAGGGACUGGCUGGCCACUCUGAAGGACCGCCCGAAGUGUGUCCUUCACAUGGGAUCGAGCAUUGGAAACUUCCAUCGUGAUGACGCCGCCAAGUUCUUGGAGGGUUUCGGGCGGAUCAUGGGAUCGGGAGAUUGCAUGUUUGUCGGCGUGGACUCGUGCAUCCGUCCCGACAAAGUAUACCAUGCGUACAACGAUCACAAGGGCCUUACACAUCAGUUCAUCCUCAACGGGCUUGAAAAUGCCAACAGUCUCUUUGGAUAUGAAGUAUUCCACAUCCCUGACUGGAAGGUGAUCGGCGAGUACGUCUAUGACGAAGAUGGCGGGCGCCACCAGGCGUUCGUAGCACCCAUCCGCGAAACGGUGGUGCUCGGCCACCAGAUCAAGGCUUUUGAGCGCAUCAAGAUCGAGCAGAGCUUGAAAUACAGCUCUUCCGGCAGUAUCAAGCUCUGGAAAGCCGCAGGUCUUGUUGAGGCGCACCGCUGGACGCUUGGCGAUGAAUACGGCAUCCAUAUGCUCCGCAAGGAAUCCCUUGAUUUCCCUCUCCACCCGUCCCUGUACGCCGCACACGCUCUCCCCUCCGUCCACGACUGGACCGCCCUCUGGGCCGCGUGGGAGAUCGUCACCCGCCGCAUGCUCCCGGACCAGGACCUGCACGAGAAGCCCAUCAAGCUCCGCAAUGCCUGUGUCUUCUACCUGGGACACAUCCCCACAUUCCUCGACAUCCAGCUCACCAAGACCACCGGCACGGCGCCCACCGAUCCCGCGUCGUACUACACCAUCUUCGAGCGGGGCGUCGACCCGGACGUCGACAACCCGGAGCUCUGCCACCAGCACUCCGAGAUUCCCAGCGAGUGGCCCCAGGUCCAGGACAUCCUCGCGUACCAGGAGCGCGUCCGGGCCCGGCUCAUCUCUCUGUACAAGAAUGGAGAGGAGAACAUCGUCAGGGGCGUGGGACGUGCCAUCUGGCUGGGCUUCGAGCACGAGAUCAUGCAUAUCGAGACGCUGCUGUACAUGAUGCUGCAGAGCUCCAAGACGCUGCCCCCACCGCAUCGAGAGCGCCCCAACUUUGAGAAGCUCGCCGAGGCGGCGGUCAAGGCCAGAGUCGAGAAUGAGUGGUUUGACAUUCCCUCGCAGGCAAUCACCAUUGGCCUGGACGACCCUGAGGAGGGAACCGACCUCGACGUACACUAUGGCUGGGACAACGAGAAGCCCGCUCGAGAGGAGACCGUCCAUGCCUUCCAGGCAAAAGGCCGUCCCAUCACUAAUGGAGAGUAUGCCAAGUACAUGAUCGCCUCAAAGCUUGAACAAGGCCCCGCCUCUUGGUUCAUCCCCGAGGCCCGGCCCAUCACCCCCGACGAGCCAUUCGAGACCUUCCUCGAGGGCAAGUUCGUCCGCACCGUCUACGGCCCCGUCCCGCUCAACCUCGCUCUCGACUGGCCCGUCUUCGCCUCCUACGACGAGCUCGCCCCCUGCGCCGCCUGGAUGGGCGGCCGCAUCCCCACCUUCGAGGAGGCGAGGAGCAUCUACGCCUACGCGGACAGACUGAAGAAGGAUCUCCUCAAGAGCAAGCUCGCCAACAAAGUCCCCGCCGUCAACGGCCACCUCGUCAACAACGGCGUCCAGGAGACCCCGCCACCCUCACCUCCCCUCUCCCUCGACGACGACGAGGCCAAGCGCCCGUCCUCCGCCGUCGAGAACCCCCUCUUCACCGACCUCAACUCCUGCAACGUCGGCUUCCGCAACUGGCACCCCACCCCCGUCACCCCCCACGGCGCCCGCCUCGCCGGCCAGUCCGACCUCGGCGGCGUCUGGGAGUGGACGAGCACACCCCUGAGCCCCCAACCGGGUUUCGAGCCCACGCGCCUCUACCCGCUGUACACGGCCGACUUCUUCGACGGGCGCCACAACGUCGUCCUCGGCGGGUCGUGGGCCACUCACCCGCGCAUCGCCGGCAGGAAGAGCUUCGUUAACUGGUAUCAGAGGAAGUACCCCUACGCCUGGGUCGGUGCCAGGCUUGUCCGGGAUGUGCAGGAGUAA